AUGCCGGUUCAAAUCCCGGACGAUGUUGACUUCUCGUCGUUCAAAGAGCAGUGUCUAAACCCUGAGGGCUGGAUCCCCAAAUACAACAAGAACAACAUCACAGUGUGGUGCCGUGCAGAGGAGAGCGCCACCGUGCAGAAGAUCAAGAUGAGGAUCGUGUGUAAAGAUGUAUCUGCGGAGACGGUGUAUGACGUGCUCCACGACACCCCCUACAGGAAGAAGUGGGACAGCAACAUGAUCGACACGUACGACAUCGGACGACUGACGGUCAACGCAGACGUGGGCUAUUACUCCUGGAGAUGUCCUCCUCCACUGAAGAACAGAGACUUUGUGACAAUGAGGUCAUGGCUUCCACUGGGCAACGACUACCUCAUCAUCAACUACUCCGUCAAACACCCUAACCACCCUCCAAAGAAAGAGUACGUCCGAGCGGUGUCUCUGCUCACGGGAUACUUCAUCCAGUCCACCGGGCCCAGUUCUUCCACCCUCUACUAUCUCACCCAGGUCGACCCCAAAGGUUCGUUGCCAAAAUGGGUGGUGAACAGAGUGUCUCAGUUAGUGGCUCCAAAGGCGAUGCGUAAGAUCUACAAAGCCUCACUAAAGUACCCGGACUGGAAGAGGAAGCACAGCCCCCAGCUGAAGCCCUGGCUGUACCCCGAGCAGAACAACCUGCCCUGCAUGGACCCCUCCAGCCUCAGCCUCCAGAGGGCAGACUCCCUGGAGAACAUCGACGAGAGCACGGCCAACGAGGAGAAGCCAGCCAAGGACCACAGCGACGAGGAGGGGGACUGA